AUGGUGGCAAUCGCCAAGCGGAACUCGACGCAAUCGCCGCUGCUCCGUUUGCCUGGGGAGAUAAGAAAUCUCAUCUAUGCAUACUCCACCGGCCAUUACAUCAUCUACCACACAUCUGCAGGUCGCCUCAUCGUCGGUCCUGCCGACCCAUGGGACUGGCGCCACGCGUUCGUCGAGUUCCCAAGUGUUACGGGUCUCCUCAGCCUCACCCUCGUCUGCCGACAGACCUACUUGGAAGCCCGCCUGGACGUAUUCACCAAUAACACGUUCGACACGAAGAACUUCUUCUAUUUCCGGCGCUGCGCAGACAGGUUGACCAAGGAGCAAAAGAACGCGAUCACCACGACCACUUGUGACUUCGACUGCAUGGGCAAGAUUGGGUCCAACGUCUUCCCCUUGACUGGGACGAUCGACUACACCGAGCACUUUCUAAUCAAGCCGUAUCUAGACGUGCUCCUCCGUUUCACCGGACUAAAGAGGGUAGUCAUGGAUAGCUCGAAAGUGAGACUCGAGGACGACAAUUGGAAGCGGCUCACCCACCCGAUGGAGAAAUGCGCCAUAAGUGGUGCCAGGAGGUUCUUCCAGAACAAGAAUCUUGAGAUUGAGUUUGUUCAGACAUACCGACACUGA